CAGGCUGCUGGGGCGAGCUGUCACUGAAUCGACCAAGUUGGAGCGGCGGACAGGGAAGCCAGUGUCUCCAGUUACAACCGAUUGGAGAUCACAUCCGACACUUCUACUGGUUUAACUUAACUCAGGCUGCGCGUCUCUGAAACCUCCGUUGGACUCCAAUACGCACAGAAAGAGCGGAAAAGCUUUGCUUUUUUGGCCAUGGCUGACGUUAGUUCAAACGAGUCGUCCUCCUCCUCGGACGUGGCGAAUCGGUUCGCCCGCAAAGGUGCUUUGAGGCAAAAGAAUGUUUACGAAGUGAAGAACCAUAAAUUUAUAGCUCGAUUCUUCAGGCAGCCGACUUUCUGCAGCCACUGCACCGACUUCAUCUGGGGGUUUGGAAAACAAGGCUUCCAAUGCCAAGUUUGCUGUUUUGUUGUCCACAAGAGGUGCCAUGAGUUUGUGACCUUCUCCUGUCCCGGGGCGGACAAGGGUCCCGACACUGACGACCCCCGGACCAAGCACAAGUUUAAGAUCCACACCUAUGGGAGCCCAACAUUCUGCGACCACUGUGGCUCCCUGCUCUACGGCCUCAUCCACCAGGGCAUGAAAUGUGACACCUGUGACAUGAACGUCCAUAACCAGUGUGUGAUGAACGUUCCCAGCCUUUGUGGGAUGGACUUCACCGAGAGACGCGGCCGCCUGUUCCUCAAGUGUGAAGUCAGCGGGGACAGACUGCAGGUCACAGUGACUGAAGGGAGGAACCUCAUCCCGAUGGACCCCAACGGUCUGUCAGACCCCUACGUGAAGCUCAAGCUCAUCCCGGACCCCAAGAACGAAACCAAACAGAAGACCAAGACCAUCCGCUCCAACCUCAACCCCACUUGGAACGAGACCUUCAACUUCAAACUCAAGCCGACCGAUAAGGACCGCAGGCUGUCUGUGGAGGUGUGGGACUGGGACCGGACCACCAGGAACGACUUCAUGGGGGCUCUGUCAUUCGGCGUGUCUGAGCUCAUCAAGUCACCAGUCUGUGGCUGGUACAAGAUGUUGUGCCAGGAGGAGGGAGAGUACUACAAUGUCCCCAUCUCAGAAGAGGAUGAUGGGAAUGAGGAACUGAGGCUGAAGUUUGAGGCUAAGACCUUUGUGGACGACAAUCAGAAGGCCAAGCUGGGACCACAGAAAAAGGUGAUCACCCCGGACGACGACAACCACUCUGCCUACGUGCCCUCCAGCAACCUGAACCGGGUCAAGCUGGAGGACUUCCACUUCCUGGCGGUGCUGGGGAAAGGCAGCUUCGGCAAGGUAAUGCUGGCGGAGAUGAAGACGUCCCUGGAGCUUUACGCCAUCAAGAUCCUGAAGAAGGACGUGGUGAUCCAGGACGACGACGUGGAGUGCACCAUGGUGGAGAAGAGAGUGCUGGCUCAGCAGGACAAGCCUCCCUUCCUCACCCAGCUCCAUUCCUGCUUCCAGACCGAGGAUCGCCUUUACUUUGUGAUGGAGUUUGUGAAUGGAGGAGAUCUCAUGUACCACAUCCAACAAGUUGGCAAGUUCAAGGAGCCCCAGGCUGUCUUCUACGCAGCAGAGAUCGCUGUGGGCCUCUUCUUCCUGCACAGCAAAGGAGUGAUAUACAGGGACUUGAAGCUGGACAACGUGAUGCUUGAUUGCGAGGGACACAUCAAGAUCGCCGACUUCGGCAUGUGUAAAGAGAACAUGUCUGAGGAGGUCACCACUCGCACCUUCUGUGGCACCCCAGACUACAUAGCACCCGAGAUCAUCGCCUACCAGCCCUACGGCCGCUCAGUGGACUGGUGGGCGUAUGGAGUGCUGCUGUAUGAGAUGCUGGCCGGACAGCCUCCGUUUGAUGGGGAGGAUGAAGACGAGCUGUUCCAGUCGAUCAUGGAGCACAACGUGUCCUACCCCAAAUCCAUGUCCAAGGAGGCUGUCCUCAUCUGCAAAGGGCUGAUGACCAAGCACCCGUCCAAGCGUCUGGGCUGCGGGCAGGAAGGCGAGCGGGACAUCAGGGAGCAUGCCUUCUUCAGACGCAUCGACUGGGAGCGCCUCGCCAACCGUGAGAUCCAGCCCCCCUUCAAACCCAAAGACUGUGGCAAAGCAGCUGAGAACUUUGACAAGUUCUUCACACGCACCCAGCCCCAGCUGACCCCGCCCGACGAGCUGGUGAUCGCCAACAUCGACCAGGCGGACUUCAACGGCUUCUCCUUCAUCAAUCCCCAGUUCACCUACCCUAUUGCCCCAAUCGCCCCUGAGGCCAGUACCACUCAGUGAGGGGGGGAGGCCGCGGUCAACCCCAUCCACCCCCACACAUCCGCCCCUCUACUGCCAACCCCAAGUACCCCUGACCACCACUUGAACCAGGCACAGGCAAGGCCUCAAAUCUUUUAUACAAGAGUCGAGAGAAUCAGAGGAAAUGGUUUUGUUUUGAUGUCUUUGUUAUUAUAGCAAUACUCCAAAUUGGCCGCAUAAAUGAAGUGCAUACUAUAAACGUGUUUUAAGAGUAUUCUAGUAUUUAACUACAAUACCAUGUUGAUUAUUUUAGAGGAUGGAGGAGCGAUCGAGGCUUCCCUGUCCUGCAUAACACAUGAAAUAACUUAGAAUCUCUGAGACUUCAGGGGAUUUCUACGAAGCCAGGUGAGAGAAGAGCGCUGAGAGGAAAGAACAGUUUAACUUGGAUAUGAACAGUAUGGUUAAAACAUAAAACAUGAUAGGAGCUAAUGAAAAUAUGCAUUUUCGGGUAAUGGGUGGCUAAUGCUGUUGACAUAGACUCAUGAACGACUCCAGUAGAUCCUCUGUCCUAAAGCCAAACUGGGACAGGGAACAAGCUCAAGCCAAAUAUGGAGGAGGAGGGGCCAACAUCAAAGUUGCUUAAGAUGUUGCUAACUGUAUCUUGUUUACAAAUGUCUUUCCCUUUUUCUCAUGGUGAUGGCAAAAGUCUAUUUUAGUACAUUCUCUGGACUGUAGCCAGACACGUUCCAGUGCAGAGGAACACCAGACAACUCCAGACCCAGACAGCGUGUAGAUCAUGUAGGUCAGAUGUUCUCAGCAUGAACACCAUACUGGUCUAAUGCAGCAUGUAGAACGUGUAGAGCACAUGUUGCCCCGUUGACAGCAUGCGGCUCACUUUUUUUAAAAUAAGAGCAGAAAAAUUCUUCCUCGCUCCUCUAGACUUUUCUAAAGUGGACCGGGUUCAGUACGGUGGCCAAAGCAGAUGUUCCUUUCUCCAGAUCAUAUAAUGAUCUAUCCUUAGAGCUAAAAGGUUUGCAGUUGGUCAGUUUACAAAAUGUCUGACCCUAUUUGUCUGUCCUGCCUGGAUGUUUCUAUAAGCUUCCUGUGGCCAUAAAUCGUAUUUGUCUGUUUGUUUUAAGCCAUAUUGUUUUUUUGGUAUUAUCAUACUAAACCAUGUGUAUUAUCCAUGUCCUGGUAGCUCAAGCAGACAUGCUGGGUUUUUGAGGUACAGAAUAAAACUACUCCUGUAUGGGAAUGUGCCAGCAUUCCUUCAUCUAUUUCAUCAUUUCUUUAUUUUGUUAAUUCAUAUAUUUUUGUUUCUGUAAUCAUCUUCAAAUUGUAUCCUACCAUGAUUUUGUCCUCAAUUUCUGAUAUCUUAAAUCUCAAUUCUGUUAGAUCAUUUAAAAAUACUCCAACCUUUCUCCAGUCCUUUGUAAAUAUCCUAUAUUCUGUAUAGCAACUUACAUCUUUAAUGCCAACAACUGAAUGAGCUUUUAUUGGAUUAGCUAUGUUUAGCAUAUAUCUAUGUCUAUAAAACAGUUACAAAUAACAGAAGCGUACCAUGGUUAAUCCAGAUUAUAUUGGUCGUCUUCAAAGCAUUCAGAUUCAUCAAAAUGUGAGGAAAUGUUGUUUUGAACUUGUUUCAAUGGAUUGUUGGAUUGUUUAUUUUUCUUGUUCAUAUCAAGUGUAGUGAAAGUGUGAGUGUGGAGGGCUUGGUCUUCACCUGCAUGCUGCCCAGGUGUAGUGAAGGUGGGAGUGUGGUGGGCGUGGUCUCAACCUGCAUGCUGCCCAGGGCUUUACACCCAAGUACUGCAUGCAUAGAGGGUAGAAAUCCUCUGAGAACACGACUUCAAAUGUAUGUGUAUGUAUAUACAAUAUAUGUAUAUGUAUAUAUACAGUACAUGUACAGGUAUAUAUAUAUGUACAUAUAUAGGUAUAGAUAUAUAUAUGUUAUGAAAUUAAACAUCCCUUUAAAAUGUAUGGAUAGUUUCCAUUUUAAUCUACCUUCCUAACAUUUUGUUCGGUUUAAUGUUGAGGCAAAAGUUCUAAUCGAAGAAAGCAUUAUAUAUAUGAAGCUAGAAGUAAUUAUUGUUGUUAUUCUAACAACUAUUCCAAUUAUCUUACUUCAGUUAAUAUCAAAAACACUGAUACAAUUUCUAUAAAUCCCCUCCUUCUCUGAUUAAUCUGUGCCCUGGUUCCUUUUACCUCUCUCUCUCUCUCUCUCUCUCUCUCUCUCUCUCUCUCUCUCUCUCUCUCUCUCUCUCUCUCUCUCUCUCUCUCGCCACUAGCUCUAUCUAAACCACGAUGCCCCCUAGCACUAUCUAGACCAGGUGGGGCCCUAGUUCUAACUAGACCAGGAAGGCCCCUAGCUCUAUCUAGGCCAUGAGGGCCUCUAGCUCUAUCUAGACCUGUGUCUUAUUUUUUAGGUUAUAUAGGUUAUCAGUGUUGUGUUAUUGUCAGAUCUUUACAGUUGUAUCUGUAAUUUUUUCCUGUAAUUGUCUAUAUACUCAUAGAUAUAUCUUGAUUGACCCUUUUAUUUCUUUCUAAAGAAUUUAUUCUAUCCCUGUGUUUCCUAUUGUAAAACCUUCCGUUUGUGCCAAACCAGAAAAUGCCACAACCCGAUCCUAGCAGCGUUGCACUAGCCUUCUGGUCACACUGAUGACUUUCUGUGAUAGCAUCCAUCCGUCGUAGCCUCUCCCAGCCAGUUAGCCCAUUUGAAGCUUCACUUGCUCAGCCCUCUCAACCUCCUACCCUUGCAUGUAGCCAUAGCUGCAUCAGUGCAAAAGGAUGUCAGUCAUUGCCAUGUCAUGUAGCUCGUGGAUGCAUAACACAUGGGCUUCCUUCAUCGGUCUGUGUCAUGUGUGGGCCUGACGCCUAGAUGGCUGGCCUGUGGACCCCUGGAGCUCCGCAGCCUGCCGCUGUGAGCUGUAGUGAGAAUGUAUUGUGGGCGGAUUCCCAAAAACCUGCCCUCUGGUUUGAAGCAAGUUUCAUCGCUGCAUGUGUUGGUUUGAAGGCCCAAAAUAUACGUUUCAAUUAUCGUAAAUACUAACCUUUUAAUAAACAAAUACAUAUUUUAAAAACAA